AUAAAUCUCUUCUAUUCCCUGGCCAACAUCACAGACUAAAACCCCAUGACAAUUUAAUGACCGAUCUGACCUCAGGUACUUUUGGGUGACAAUUCUAUCCAAACCUAGCUUCCCAUCUCUAAUCCUUUCAAGCCAAACGAAACCCAAGUCUUUUUUCACCUAAAGAAACCUAACAGGCCAACACCCCAUCUCUCAUUCUCAUCUAUGGAACAGUCAAAGAACCCUUUUCAGGCAACUGCUGCAAUAGUUUUUCUCCUUAUAACUGGUGCCCUUUACAUUAUCUGUGUCUGGUCUCCUCCCUCAUCAAACCCUUUCCUCCCCUACCAGGAAAGCAGCUGUCAGCAAUCUAAUUUUACCACCGUGAAGUUUCCUGUAACCGACGAGCUGGGUUUGGCCCUGGAUGAAGCUUCCACGCCCAACAAGACGGUGAUCAUCGCGGUUGUCAACAAAGCUUACGUCGAGCAAAGUGUGCGUGCAGAGACCACAAUGCUGGACCUGUUCCUGGAGAGCUUCUGGCUAGGAGAAGGUACCAGGCCAUUGCUGGACCACCUGCUGCUUGUCACCGUCGAUCAAACGGCUUACGAGCGGUGUAAAUUCAAGCGGCUGCACUGCUACAGAUUGGUGACGGACGGCGUUGAUUUCGGUGGGGAGAAGGUUUAUAUGUCGGAGGAGUUUAUCAAGAUGAUGUGGAGAAGAACUCUUUUUCUUUUGGAUGUCUUGAGGCGUGGCUACAACUUCAUUUUCACGGACACAGACGUGAUGUGGCUAAGGAAUCCGUUUGCAAAGCUAAGCCCAAACGGAACCGAGGACCUCCAAAUCAGCGUCGAUACGUUCACCGGCGACCCACGACCGGAGCUCAAUUUCAUCAACACCGGCUUCUACUACAUCAGAUCAAACAACAAGACCAUCUCACUGUUCGACACUUGGUACUCCCAGAAGGACAACUCCACAGGGAAGAAAGAGCAAGACGUCUUGGUAGACCUAAUGCGCGACGGGCUCUUCGGGCAACUUGAUCUCCGAGUAAGGUUCUUGGAGACCAAGCAUUUCAGCGGCUUUUGUCAGGACAGCGGAGAUGUCAGCGCCGUAGCAACCGUUCAUGCAAAUUGUUGCCGCCACAUAAGCGCAAAGGUCAGAGAUUUAACGGCUGUCCUCCGCGAUUGGAAGCGGUUCCAGGCGGUUCUGACCAGGUAUCCCAACGCUGCUCGGAACAUAACCGAGAGUUUCAGGUGGUCACCGCACACGGGCUGUUGGAAUUCAUGGAAAGUAAAUAAAAAGACACCAUGAUCAAGUUAAAACAUA